GGCGGGAUGACGUUCACCGAUGAGCGCUCAGCCAAUCAGAUGCGGGCCUGGUCGGUUACCCUGGAGACGAGGCGGGGCUGCAGGAUGAAGGUUCCUUCGUUAUCAUUCCAGAUUUCUUUGUGGUGAGGAAGAAUAUGCAGACCUGUUCCUUUAAUCGAUUCAGACUGCUGGCCUUCCUGUUUGUUGUCGGUACCACACUUAUGGUGUACUAUUUGCUUCCCCGCAUCCUGCUGCACAACGUUACGUCCUCAGGGCCAUCUCAGGGACUCAACAUGGCGAACAUUAAACAGCUCACCAUCAAUCUCACAGUGGAGAAAAACCAAAAGCCAGGACUCUCGGAAAUUUUCUACCGGGAAUCAUUACCUCCAGAGAAGGAUGGAGAAAGCCUAAAGCCUAACUUGGAGGUACUCCUUCUACAUGGGCAGGCCUUCAACUCGAAGACCUGGGAGGGUCUAGGAACACUCAAUCUGCUAGCGCAACAAGGACACAGAACUGUGGCAGUGGACUUACCAGGGUUUGGGAAUACCCCACACUUGGAGAUUGGGAAAGUGGACAAGGACAGAGCUGACUUCCUGUUGGCUUUCCUGAACGCUGUAGGACUGCAGACUCCAGUCCUGGUCAGUCCAUCCAUGAGUGGUCACUUCUCCAUCCCAUUUCUGAUGUUUCAGAACCAGCGACUGAAGGGCUUCAUCCCUAUUGCUCCAGUUGGAACAAAUCACUACAGUGCCAAACAGUAUCAGAAAAUCCAGACCCCGACCCUGAUUGUAUUCGGAGAACUGGACACAAAUCUUGGUUUGCAGUCCCUGAAGAAUUUAAAACACCUUCCGCAUCACACUGUCUUCAAAAUACCAGCAGCACGUCAUGCUUGUUACCUCGAUGAGCCAGACAAGUUCCAUAAAGCUUUACUGGACUUUCUAACUAAAUUUUAGUUCAGAGGGUUUAUACCGCUGAUGCCUCUCUGCAUCAGGUACUUGCAAAAACAGCCAAGACCAGCACCAGACCAGCUUCCUCAGCAGCUGAAUUUAUUAACUUUUAACAUUCUUCAAGAGAGGAGAAACUAAAACAGUAAAAAAUUCAGAUUUUUUAAAAAACAUUUUCCUCUCUUUGAAGUUCCAGCAGAUUUUAAUUAAAGCUGAAAAUUGACAGAAAUUUUAAAAAACCUCAGUUUCCAAAAGAAGAAUUCAGUUGUGGGCUGAAUGAGUACACAUACCAUCUAGUGUGGUACCAAGUCUCUCAGAACAGGAACAUCCCAGGUCCAAUCCUGGGCUCUGCUGAGGCAGCUGAACUUUCCCACUGUGGGACUAAGCCCCAUAAAGCAGGAAGAGCCUAGUCUCCAUCUCACACAUCUGCGUGGUUAGCUGAUUUAAGCCAAACGCACGGUAAAAAUCCCAAAAGUAGUUCCAGCAGCCUUGCCAAAUGGAGUGGAAUAUUCAUCCAGUUUUCCUUUUUCCAGUUCAUAUCCAAAAGAUUUGUUCCCUCUCACAACAAGUGAAUUUAUUUUUCAACCUUUUUAAAGAAAAUAGACCACAUCUGGGUCCUGCAGCUAGUCUUCACCUUUUCAUUCCAAACAUUUAUCUGUGACUGUCUGUGACACUGUCAGCUGUCAUGACAGACUUGGAUCACCCAGUCGCAAUUUUAUUAGUUUUAUGGCCCCAUAAAUCUGCUCAAUAUCCUCUUUGAAAUCAUUUGAAUCUGCUAUUUACCCCUAAGUAACAAAAUUCUAAUAUUCCAAAUAAGGUUUCAACACAUUUCAAAAUAAAUACAGAUUUCAUAAUACUUGUCUGUUACAUUUUAAUGCCUUUGCCAAAGCUUUUAGUUGAAAGUGCCAGCCUCUUGGACCUGGCAUUUUGACCAGGGGUUUUGACUGUGAGAGCUGAUUUUGGUCUGAUGUGUGUUGUAUCGAAUUUCCUGGCAAUAACAUUCAGCUGGACCUUAUUUCAAAAAGGACUUGUGCCCUAAAACUUUGGAAAAUGUAUUAAAUUGAGAGUGAGAGAAAUUUAUCUCAUGCUAUUCUGCUGUUUAACAAAAAUGAACCUUGAAGCCAACUAA